CAGGAAAUGACUAUGACUUCUCUGUGCUCCAGAGACACUAGUUGAAGAGCACUGUGGUUAUCAACCAGUUUGAGAGUUUCCUUCUGUAUGAACAAGGCGUGUGAUGGCCCAGACAAAAGACCCGAACUUUGGGCAGUCAACAGGCACUAACUCUGCCCUUCAGAAACUGGACACAUUAGCUAGCCGAUUUUUUCACAAAUAUCGGAAAGGGAACCAGGAGAAAGGACUAGAGAAUGAGGGGCCACAUGUGUCAGAGUACACUGGCCUUUGGGAUGCAGCAAUGAAGGAAUACUUGGCAGAAGCCAAAGAAGAUUUUUUGAAAAAAUGGGAGUGUCCGCCACAGAGCACAUCAUGUCUGGAUGACUUUGACAGGCUGAAAACUCUUGGGACUGGAUCUUUUGGAAGAGUCAUGCUAGUCAAGCACAGACAGUCAGCACAAUACUAUGCUAUGAAGAUUCUGGACAAGGAAAAAGUGGUGAAGCUCAAACAGGUAGAACACACAUUAAACGAGAAGAAAAUAUUACAAGCAGUGUCCUUUCCUUUCCUUGUGAAGCUGGAAUGCGCUUUUAAGGAUAAUUCAAAUUUAUACAUGGUCAUGGAAUAUAUCCAAGGCGGUGAGAUGUUCUCACAUCUGAGACGGAUUGGAAGAUUCAGUGAACAGAAUGCACGUUUCUAUGCUGCUCAGAUUGUUCUGACGUUCGAGUAUCUUCAUACUCUAGACCUCAUCUACAGGGACCUAAAACCUGAAAACUUGCUCAUUGAUCAUCAGGGAUACAUCCAGGUAACAGACUUUGGCUUUGCCAAACGAGUCAAAGGCAGAACUUGGACAUUGUGCGGUACGCCAGAGUACCUGGCACCCGAGAUCAUUCUCAGCAAGGGCUACAACAAAGCUGUUGACUGGUGGGCGAUGGGUGUUCUGAUCUAUGAAAUGGCUGCGGGAUAUCCACCUUUCUUCGCUGAUCAACCAAUUCAGAUAUAUGAGAAAAUCGUAUCUGGCAAGGUACGAUUCCCCUCUCACUUCAGUUCAGACCUGAAGGAUCUUCUGCGCAAUCUGCUGCAGGUGGACCUCACAAAGCGCUUUGGCAAUUUGAAAAAUGGAGUCAGUGACAUCAAAAACCACAGAUGGUUUGCUACGACAGACUGGAUUGCAAUCUAUGAGAAGAAGGUUGACGCUCCAAUCAUACCAAAGUGCAGAGGGCCCGGAGACACAAGUAACUUUGAUGAUUAUGACGAGGAAGACAUACGGGUGUCUGUCACAGAGAAAUGUAUAAAGGAGUUCUUGGAGUUCUAGGGCAUCUGUAAAAGCUUUAGUAGGAGUUCCUGGGUCUUGUUCUGGUCUUCUUAUUCUUUUUUUUCUUUUUCUUUUUUUUUUUCAAUUUAUGAUUACAUUUAAUAUUUUUACUUGAAUAUGUUAAUUAAUUUAUUUUUACCCACUUUAUGGAAUACUGCUCCAUUUCCCCCCUGUCUGUUACACAUUAAAGAAAAGUAUAAAGAAAAUGUUCAGUAUUAUGUAAUAUGUGAAAGAAGCAGAAAGAUUUAUGUGAUGGAUAGGUUUAGGGAUAGGGUGUGUGUGUGUGUGUGUGUGUGUGUGUGUGUGUGUGUGUGUGUGUGUGUGUGUGUGUGUGUGAUAUCUGUAGAAUGUGUAUAUGCUGAAGAAAGCCUGUGGCUGUUCAGAAAUAUGAAAAGAUAAAUAAAGUACAAUGUAAAAAUGUAUACAGCUCAAUCAUGUGAUCUUGAUAUUCCAUUUGAAGUCUUACACUGCUCUGAAAUUGUGACCAAAAAAAAAAAAAAACUCUACAGUAAUUUGUUUUUCUUCUAUGGACCAUGUGAAUAGAUUAAUUUUAAAAGAAAUGUUUAUAUAUGCUGUAGAGAUCAUGCUGUACAAUUUUGGGACCAAUUAUUUUGACACUGAAUAAAAGAAAAUGAUUUAUUUUGCCUUUUAA